AGUGUGUCAUCUCUCUUAAUUUAAUCCUGAAACUCUCUCUCUCUUAGGUCACACAUUAUAAAUAAAAAAAGACUAUUACAAAUUCUCUGAUUUUCCAUAAACUGAUAUUCAGAAGCACUGGCAUUAUAUAUAAAUGCAGCACAGACCCUCUUAUGUGCUAUCUAGGCUGUAGCUUGAGAGAGCCAAAAGACAAAGCAUUCUUGACAGAGCAUUCUUAUUCUUUUGUGCAGAAGAAGUGAGAAAACCCAAAAAGAAAAUCCCCAAAAAAAAAAAAAACAUAUCUUCUUGGGGUUUGCAGAACAACCCUCUGUGCCAGAAUUAGAAGGUGGGGUUUGAGUUGGAUAUUGGGUCCCUUGAUUCCAAUGUCCCUCUUUUGUUCCUUUUGGUUUUGCAGCAAGAUUUUGUCUGCCUUGUUCUGUGAAACCCAAAAAGAAUUUGUUUUUAUUUCUCAUAGGUAGGAUAGAGCAAGCUAGCUACACAUUCUGGGUUUGGUUUGUUUUCUCAUAUUUCUUCCUUUCUCUCCUCUUUUGUUUUCAUUUUCAGAAACUCCCAAGACAAAAAGAAGCAAUCUUGUAUUACAGUAUUCCUCAAGAUUCUGGAAAAAGAUAUCUGUUUUUCAAUUUUCUGGCUGGAAGGUCAUACAUAGAAGCAUUAAUGCAUGGCUCUUUAUGACUUUAUGUAACUAGCUGCAAAAAUAGUGUCCUGAUGACUUGAGCAAAAGCUGAAAGCUUGAACCCAGCUGUAACUUGUAAAGCAGAAGAGAACAGUGGAGGUGAAGAUGUCUGCAAAGGUGUUUCAUUCAUUCAGAGAUGAGAAUCGUGAUCUCCAAAAGCAACUUGGGUGCAUGAGCGGGAUUUUUCAGCUGUUUGAUCGCCGGCAUUUCCUCUCCGGCCGGAGCAUCAAUGGCCACAGUCACAAGAGACUUCCUCCAGGUGAGAAUGGCAAACAAGAAAUAGAUCCCAAAAGCAGAGCACUGCCCAAAGCUACAGAUAAAAAUCGAAAAAAGGCUGUCAAAGAGAGACGAAACUCCACAGAAUCAUCCACAACCACUGUUUCGUCAUCUUCUUGUUCAUCUAGCUUCUCAUCAUCUCUUGAAUACAACAAAGCAGCUCAGCAAGAACAAUCCUUGUCUGGCCAAACAAUUUACAAUGACAGACACACUCGGGACCUGUCCAUGAACAAACCGAAUAUUUCAAAGCCCUUAAGCCAGCAAUCAUUUGACUCAACCUACAGAGAAGCCCGUGGUAUUUCAGUCAGACCUGGAGGAAAAGAUGGAGUAGGUCAUAGAUUGAAAUACAUAGACUCCCCUAGGCCUUCACAACCACUAAAACCCAUCAAGCCAAGGGUUUCUGGUGGCGAGUCAUUUCAAGUUCAUGCCAAGCUUCGGGAAGCACAUCGAAAUUCCAACGAGGAGAAGGAUGGUUGCAUGCGAUUUGCGCCAAAAGAAGCAAGGAGGCUGUCUUAUGAUGAAAGGGCAUCACGAGAUACAGUGAAAUCCACAACAAAACUCAAAGAACUCCCAAGGCUUUCUUUGGACAGCAAAGAACGUUCCAUUAGGAGGGCUUGUAGCCCUGAAACAAGAUCAAGCCAUUUCUUCAAGGAUCUGCAGAGGGAGAAUGGGAACUGUGACAAAAUGCUUGACCUGCAGCCAGAACCCGGAAGUUCUAAAAGACCGAAUGUUGUUGCAAAGUUGAUGGGCUUGGAUCUCUCAGAUUCAGUGUCAACCAGUGUUACUCCAUUGAGGCUGAUUAGUACCUGUCCAUCUGAUAGAUUUGAUCCCUUGUCCAAAUCAUUGAGAAAAACAGAUGAAUCCAAGCAAGAUGUUUUGUCUGGGUUCCCAAGAAAUACGCAGAAGAGCUUCAGCUCACCCCAGAGGAGAAGUGCCAAUUCAGUCAUGCAGCCCACCGCAAAUUCCAAGUUUCCAAUAGAAACAGCUCCUUGGAGGCAGCCACAUGGAAGCAAAGGUCUUCCUCAAUCAACUUUCAACUGUCAAGAAGAACCUACAAAAGCACCAAAGUCAUCACCUUCAGUAUAUGGUGAAAUGGAGAAAAGACUAGCAGAACUAGAGUUCAAGAAAUCAGGAAAGGACCUCCGAGCUCUUAAACAGAUACUUGAAGCAAUGCAGAAGAGCAAGCAAAACUCAGAGGACAAAAAAGAAGCCUCAAAUUUUGCCUCUCAAGUAAGCAACAAAAGUGGUUUGUGUGAGAGCACAAUAUCAGCAAGCAAGAGAAAUACAAAACGUAGCCCAUCACUUCCAGCCACAGCCAUGGGUUCCAAAUCCCCAAAGAGUUGCAAAUCACCAAUCAUCAUCAUGAAACCCGGUAAACUCAUGGAGAAAACACACAACUCUGCUUCCACGGUGAUCUCCAUGGACAACAGAUCAUGUCCGCGGAGGCUUCAGACUAGCAACCCUGGUGACAACAGAAAGGAAUUGCUUGACAGGAAAGCCAAAGAUUUGACUCCAAGAAACAUUCAUACUAGUGAUUCUUUCAAUGGACGUCUUCGCUCCACUGAUAAGAAUUCUAAUGUGAGAACUUCUAAAGCUGCACAAAAACCAAAGAUGCCCCACAGUGAAGAAAAUUCCCCGGGCCCAAGUAGGAGCAUCACGAGCCCAAGACUGCAAAACAGAAGAUUUGGAUUGGAGAAGCAAUCUGCUCCAACCACUCUAUCAUCAGAUUCAAGCAUGACCAGAAGGCAACACAGUAGGCAAUCAUUAGAAGCAAGCACCCCGGGUAGAAAACUCGGGCCAAAAUCUCCCAGAUUUCAUCAAAGCAAUUGCCAACUGAGCGAGACUAGCACCAGUACAAGAGCUAUGAGUCACCAAGAUGAUACCACUUCUCAGCAAUCUGAAAGCAACACCAGCUUGGCCUCACAUGCAGACACAGAAGCCACAAGCAUUCAUCAGUCAGAUGAGAUUAGAGAUACUUACAUGAAGCAGCACAGCCAAAAGCAAAACAGGCCAGCAGUAGGGUUGAGUGAUGAUAGGUUAACAGCAGAAACUGGGAAAGCUUCCUUAGAACAACCAAGUCCUAUCUCCGUUCUUGAUUCUACAUUCUAUAGGGACGACUCGCCUUCUCCUGUGAAGAAGAUAUCAAAUGCCUUUAAAGAUGAUGGUGGGCAAAAUCUGGAUGAAGCAGAGUAUGGACCAAUGGACCUAGGUCUGAUAUCCAAUAGUACAACGCCCAGUCUUGGUGCAGAGAUUGACCAUAAAAGGUUAGAGAACCUGAAGCACCUGAUUCAUAAUCAUCGACAUAUGAGCAGCACACAUGAAGAACCCAUCUUCGGGCACAUUACUUUCCUCUGUGACCGCUCAAAUCCAGAUCACAUGUACAUUUCAGAUAUAUUGCUAGCAUCAGGAAUUCUUAGGUAUCUCGAAUCUGCGUGGACAACCAUUGAGCUCCAGACAUUAGAACACCUGAUCAACCCUAAUUUGUUCCUUGCACUGGAAGAAAUUAGGGCAGAUAUAGAACCUUGGGAUGAUGGAAAGAGAUGUGAAAAGAUUCUCCAGUCCCAAUCAGAUGAAAAAAUUCAAAGAAAGCUAGUGUUCGAUGUCGUUAAAGAAUUCCUAGUUCAAAAAUUAGUUGUGGAGAACUCUUUCAAGCAGUGGUUCUCACCAAACAAUCUGGCAGAAGGGAAACCAAGAGGGCAGCAGCUUUUGACAGAAUUGUGCUCCCAGGUUGAUCAGCUACAAAGACGCAACUUGAAUGGCAACCUAGAUGAUGAAGAUGAAAGUUUGACAAGCAUCUUGUUGGAAAAUUUCAUGGAUCAAUCACAGAAUUGGACAGUGUGUGAUGGUGAAAUUCCGAGUGUAGUGUUGGAUGUUGAGCGAUUGAUCUUUAAAGACUUGAUAACUGAAAUUGUGAGCAGUGAUGCAGUUGACCAUGUGGGUUGGUCUGGUGGGCAUUGUAGGCAACUGUUUUCCAAGAAGGGGCUCUGGUAACAUUGUUUUUCAAAAACCUGAAUGGUAUAAGAAAUAUAGUUUGAGAAGCAUCUGGUCAGUAGCUUUCAUACAUCGACCAAGGGAGUGGGACUGAUUGCAACAGUGAAACUCAGCCUGUGGUUUUUGUAUGUUGAGCAGUUGAUACUUAUAGAUCAAACCGUGAGGGGUGAUUGUAGGCAAUUAUUCUCUGCAUACGGACUUUGGUAAUAAUAUAGAAUAUAUUCUCAUGCAGAA